AUGUUGAAAGUCUCUUGUUUCAUUGAAAAUACAGGCCCUCCUGGAUCUGGAAAAGGUACCCAAUCACCGAUCAUCAAGGAUGAAUACUGCUUGUGCCACUUGGCUACUGGUGAUAUGUUGAGAGCUGCUGUUGCUGCAAAGACCGCUCUUGGUCUCAAAGCCAAAGAAGCUAUGGACAAGGGAGAACUCGUUUCUGAUGACCUGGUUGUUUGCAUUAUAGAUGAAGCAAUGAAAAAACCUUCAUGCCAAAAAGGUUUCAUUCUUGAUGGAUUUCCAAGAACCGUCAUGCAUGCGCGGAAGCUUGAUAAGAUGCUAGAAAAGCAAGGUGCCAAAAUUGAUAAAGUUCUGAAUUUUGCAAUUGACGAUGCAAUCAUGGAGGAGAGGAUAACUGGUCGGUGGAUACAUCCUUCCAGUGGCAGGACCUACCACACAAAAUUUGCUCCUCCCAAGGUUCCGGGGGUUGAUGAUGUUACCGGAGAACCUUUGAUUCAGCGCAAGGAUGAUACUUAUCUCGUUAUUUGUUCGUGUUCCAUAUAUUCCGACUGCCUCCUGCUUCUGCUGAUUUAA